AUGGACCAAAAUAACCACCAAAAGCUGAGUCGUUUCGCAAAUUCUCAAUUCCUAAAGAAGCUCACGAAGCUGUUACUCUCCAUCUCUGUUUUCUCGCUCUUGUUCUCGAGCUCCAAUGUCCUCUCUUUCCUCCAACCGUGGCACUUCCACCUCUACACCUUCCCGCUCCGCCUUGUCACCCAUGCCGUCGACAAGAACUGUAUCUUCCUCCUGUGCAACGGCAUCCUCGUCUUCCUCGCAAAGAACUCAGGCUUUAUCGGCACAAAGACCAGGUCCCGGCACGGCACUAGUCAUAAAGAGUCUCCCAAAGAGACCUUGCAAAUGAUGGAGAAUAAGUUGCUCACCACGGACGUCGGCAGGGGAAUUUUCCCUGACGUUGCGCGUGAGGAUUUCCCCCUCGAAGAAGAAGAGAAAGCGUCAAAUAAUAACAAUAAUAAUCACCCGGACUGCGUGGUCGAAGUAGAAGUAGGAGACGUGUGUUUUCAUGCGGAAGGAUGUGCACGAGACAACGAUUACGACAACAGCAAUGAGGAAGAAGUAGAAGAUAAUAACAGAUUUUCGACUUUCGACACAGCAAAUAUCCUUGCAAUAUCUGAUUCUAACGGCGGCAAGGAAAUAGAUGAAUGUGGAAGAGAGAGAGAGGAUGAAACCAGUGAAGACUACAACGACGGAAAUAAUGUGAUGACUGCGGAGGAAUUGGACAAGAAGUUCGACGAGUUCAUUCGUAGGAUGAAGGAAGGAAUCAUGAUCGAAGCUCAACAGCAACAGCAACAACUUCUCAUUGUCUAA